ACCAAAUCCCCGGCAACCACCAAUUUCAGGACAAACAUCGCCAGCCUUCCUCAUGAUGAUUUCCAAUUUCACGACACACCAAUCUGGAAAAUCUUGACCUCGUAACGCCCUCUCCAACAGCUUCUCUCCAACCAGCCCAGACACUGUACAAGUAUUCAAAGAAAUCUCCCCCCUUUGGACUUUGCUGCUUUCGCUGAAGACAAGGGGGUUCCGACCUGGCCACCCAAGGGCUAUGCUUACUCCUGCAAGGAACCAUGUCAUUGUAUGACAGGUCACUGGACCUUCUGCUCGAAUCUAUCAACCUUUCAUCUUCGUAAGCCAGUCAAGAAUGAUGAGAGUACCGUAACCGAGGGUGGAAUGUUCCAAAAGAAGAAAAUCCCAGCUCCUUCGUUGGCUUGGGUGCUGCUUCGAGAUUCAGGGUUCAUGGUUUCACGGGGCUCAAAUGUCAAGAUCCCCGGACAUUAGCGGGCGGUUUCUAUCUUUCCUGGUCUGGAGGCUUACUACAGAUUUCGUUGCUACUACCCAAGUUGAUGACCCUGAACGCUGGAGACGAGUAAAUACACGUGAGUGUUGUGUAGCAUGCCAUUUUCCUUGAUCUUUGAUAUCUAUCUGUACCUCUGCUCUUCGGUAUGUACAGCAGUUUUGGGUUUUCUCAAGUGCACUUUUUCCCUUCAAAACACUAGGCGGCAGUAUUGCUCCGCCUACCCAGACGAAAUGGACGAUAAAGGGCCAAUGAUGCUUACCGUAUGCUGGGUAUUCACAGCACUCGCCCUUCUCUUUGUCAGCGCUCGUUUCUACGUCCGAGCCGUAGUGCACGACAAGCUCGGCUUCGAUGACUACAUUAUAAUCUUCUCUUGUUUCUGCGCAGUUCUCUCCAACAUUUUCGUGACGAUAUCCGUCUCCUGGGGCAACGGCCGACACUUUGCCGAUCUCAACCUCGAGCAAAAGGAAAACACCAUCAAGUGGAUGAUGGCCGCCUACUUCCCCGGAAUCGAAACACUCGGUUUCCCCAAGCUGGCCGUCAUUGCUCUCCUGGUCCGACUGCUCGUGCCCAGUCGGCUGCAUACUAUCGUCUUGUGGUCCAUGGGCACCAUCUGCUGUCUAUCACUCACGGCCAUGGUUAUGACCUUGCUCUUGCAGUGCACGCCAACCCAGGCGCUUUGGACUCUUACCAUGCCUCAUAAUUGUCUCGCUCCGGAAUUGUUGGAGGGGUUAGCUUAUUGGGCUAGUACAUGCUCCGCGUUUCUAGACUUUUACCUGGCCAUAUACCCAGCUACCGUCCUGUGGAAGUUACAAAUGCACACCAAAAAGAAGCUAGCUCUGUGUUGUGCUCUCGGCAUGGGUCUCGUAUCGGGUGCUGUAGGUAUCAUCAAGGCAACUGGCGUAUCGACUCUGUCCAACCAAGAUGUUAGCUACGAACUCUGCGAUCCCUUAUACUGGACUUCAGUCGAAGGCAACCUAAUAAUAAUAGCAGCCUGCAUCCCCCUCCUCCAACCCUUGGUCGAAAAAGCCAAAGGCCGCAGCAUUUGGCGUUCCCGGGGCUACAAGACCGACUCCAACAAUGACGAUAACGAGCACUAUGCCGAAGGCACAGGAAAUCCUGGUUUGAGCAAAAGCAGCAAGCAGACCGGACCGGACGCCUUCGAGAUGGGAAGUACCUUUAAAAAGAAAAAAAAAGGUGGAUCAGUACGGGUUCACGAUGCAUGCUAAGGAGGAGAGUGAGGAGAAUCUGAACAAGAAAGACAGUAACAAUGGCGAAGAUGAUUCGGGGCUGGGGAAUCAUAGGGAUGAAAUGGAGGGCGAGCACGGUGAACAUGACGGUGGGAUUUUGCAGACUAGAUCUGUAACUGUUGCUUAUGACCAGGUGAGUGAGUCUGGAGGGGAGACGACAGCUGCUACUAGGUGGGCUGCUGUUUAGAUGGGGGUAUUGAGCAAAAGAGGGAGGGUGGGCUUGAAAUUGAUUGGUUUCGUGAACGGAUGGUUCGCUUCUUUGGUCAAAGGCGUCGUUGAUUUCUUUUGUUUUUCUUCCUUUGUCUCUCCUUGU